AUGACGACAGACGAGCUGGAGCAUCAGCCAGCCCAGAAUGGACCGAGUGUGAAAGGCGGGGGGGAGGAGAGCCUGUGCCAAACUCCGAGUGUGCUUGGCGUGGCCAAGUGCUGUGGAGGAUUCCCAGAUGUCAGCUGUCACUCAGGGGUCCCUAACAGGCCUGAUGGCACAAAGACAGAAUCCAGAAGGGACACAGGGGAUGCUACAAAAAUCACCCCCAAUUCAGAGCAUGAGGAAUCAUUUGGAAACAUCUCUUUCCCUGAAAACCAGAGAUACUCGCCUGGGGAGUUUAAUUCCAGUGAAGAUUUCUCCCUCAUUCCUUCAGCCCAGCUACCAAAGAAAGCGGAAAAUGAGCUCCCCCAGUCCAUCGGCACUGGCAUCGACAACUCCUCUUUCCAAGCGGGGAAGGCUACCCUCCACCCUGCCUACUGCGCCAACGGCUGUGGGCUCCCCCCGGCUUCCGUGAGGCAGCAGCCGCGAGUCUCCAAGAAGCAGCGCAUCAGCUCACCCGCCUCCGUCUGCACCAACAGCAGUAAGAAGAGCUGCAAGUCCACAGCAUCUCAGACAGAAGUAGCUGGGGAUGAGCUGUGUGCCACUCUCCUCUUAGCUUGCCUCUUCUGCCGUUUCUCGGACAUCCUGCCGCUUUUCUCGGGCCUUUUCUGCUCUUGCUUCCCUGUGCCAUCCUGCAGCUCCAGGCUUCUGGGCUUUUGCUCGGACCCCCAGAGCUGCUGCUGCUGCUGCUGCUGUCGGUUUGAGGCCGGCCUGGAGUUAUGCUACCAAACUGAUCGCUGUGCACACUGUGCUCUUGCCUGCCUCUUCUGUGAGUUUAUGUCCCUCUGCUCACUUGCCCUGGACUGUGGGGGCUGCGGGGGCUGCCUAGAGGCUUGCUGUGGUGGAGAAGGAGGGGAGUCCCUUGCCGAGAGCUGCUGUGGGGAAGCAGGUGAAGGAAAUUGCCCCUGUGGGUUAGGCUGCGGGAUGUUGCAGGAUUGCUGCGGCUCCUCUGACUGUCUUGAGAUCUGCCUGGAGUGCUGUUCUAUCUGCUUCCCAGCCUGAAUUCAGGGACCCGGAGAUCGUGUCCACCUGUCCUCCGUGGUUCUGGACUGUGUUGGGAUGUGUGUAUAUCCCUUUGGGAAUCCCAUCCCACCAAACUGCAAAGCAUGGCAAGAGAUUAAUCUGGGCCUCUUUUCUUACCAAAGCCCCAACUCCUUUGAACAUCCAUAUCAUGGUAAC